CAAGAGUUCAGAAGUCGUUUGUGGAGCUCAGAUCCACAGAUGCCGGCAUAAUCGUGAAUGACAAAGACGCGUUCAGCAGCUGCAAGGCGAACUCCUGUCUUGCUAACAAGACCCACUGCCUAGCAAACAAGUCUGAGCGGACCCUUUGACGGCACGCAACCCCUUUCAGAAAAUGUACCGGUACAUCUCCACUCACGACUGCAAAAGCUUCGGGGAAAUCGUGAAUGUAGCAAUGUGACGGUCGUUCAAAUCUUUCUCAUCUGCCCGGCCUCUGACCUGUCCUCCCACACACCAACCCCCCCUCCGUCCGUCGGAUUACCCAUGGCUUGGACAAACGCCCCUCAUCAUCCUUCACGACUGACGACUGAUCGCAAACUCCCAAUUCGACAAUUACGACUACCUUACGAGAUUCACGACUCAUCGAGAAUACUUUUUGAUCAGCGCGCAACGGUGCGUGCACAUACCUACAUCCGCCAGGAACGAAAUGCAUUUGACCGCCGCCUCAACAUUGUUGUUCCUGUCGACAGCUUUGCAGGCGAGCGCUUCCCUCUUGCCAGCUUGGUACUUCGACAAAGCCACGUCGACGACAAAUUUGGCCGCUGCUCCUACAUGUAACGGUCAUGCUGAGCUUUGCAGCAAGUCUUAUGCCGACGUUGUCUACAUCGGAGCGCACAAUAGCUACGCUGUAGGAGAUGGAGUGAGCGACAAUCAGGCGGUGAACAUCACAACCACUCUGAAAGGCGGCAUUCGAUUGAUCCAAGGGCAAGCGCAUGAGAAUUACGGCGUCUUUCGAUCAAACGAGUCCAAUCCUAGCGAACUCUCAUUAUGCCACACGUCUUGUCUGUUGCAAGAUGGAGGCUCCCUCGAAGACUAUUUGAGAAGCGUCAGAGCUUGGCUGAACGAAAAUCCACGAGAAGUCCUGACGAUCUUGAUGACAAAUCCGGAUAGAGUGGACAUCAGACGCUGGGAGGCCGGCUUCAAUUCGACUGGCUUCAAUGCGAGCAAUACGUGGUGGCCAGACAACAAGCGCGCAGAUGGCAGCUACGGACCUAGCCCUUCAAGAGAUCAGUGGCCGACUCUUGGUGAGAUGAUUGAUCAAGACAAGAGGGUGGUCAUCUUUCUUGACUACGCAUCAGAUCGCGAUCAGGUCUCCUGGAUUCUUGCAGAAUUUGAUUCUAUCUACGAGAACCCCUUUGAUCAGCUUGACUUGCCUUUCAACUGUUCCGUCGAUCGCGGCCGUACCGAGGGCACGUUGGCACUGCUGAACAAUAACAAGAACACUCAACCACUGGGUAGCACUGUGGCUAUCUCCACUCCUGACCGCAAUGCCACCUCUACGACCAAUUCUGCAGACGGAGAGAACGGCAUCGUGAGCACAGUGCAGCGCUGUGCUUCGGAGACGAGGACUCGCGCAACCUUCGUCUUGGUCGACUAUUGGGACACGCCCGCCAAAAAUGGCGUGGCCGAAGCCGCUGCCCGACUAAAUAAUGUUUCGCGACCUGGGAGCGCCAAGGACAUGAUACCCUCAUCUGCUUCUCGCUCCAUCUUCCAGCAUCCUUCGGCACUUCUGGUACCACAUUUGGCUGCUGCGUUCGCCUUAGGGCUUGCUUUGCUGUAAUUUUGCGCCCACUCUGAACGUCUGAGCUCCGCCCUGCCCCGCCUUACCCAUUCGGUUGCGCAAAGACACGAAAUGGCACCGUCGCAUACACGUUGGCAUUGUCGAGUACCCAC